UGCCACUCUCUCUCUCUAUGGUUAGCAAGUAGAAACCCUCGUACACUCAUUUUGUGGUCGUUUGGGGUUCAAUUUUUUGGGGUUUAAGGUAUGGCUUCGGAUCAAGAAACUGAUGACUCGUCCAACUCUUCGUCCUUGCCGAAGAACACCUAUAAGGAUCCAGAUGAUGGGCGCCAGCGGUUCUUACUUGAAUUGGAAUUCGUCCAGUGCCUCUCUAAUCCCACCUACAUCCACUAUUUGGCGCAGAAUCGUUAUUUUGAGGAUGAAGCUUUCAUUGGCUACCUAAAGUACCUUCAAUAUUGGCAACGGCCAGAGUACAUAAAAUAUAUAAUGUAUCCACAUUGCCUCUUCUUUCUUGAGCUUCUCCAAAAUGCAAACUUCCGCAAUGCAAUGGCGCAUCCGGGCAACAAGGAAUUGGCGCACAGGCAGCAGUUUUAUUUUUGGAAGAACUAUAGGAACAAUCGGUUGAAGCAUAUUUUACCCAGGCCCCUCCCAGAACCUGUCGCCGCACCCCCAGCUUCUGCCCCACCUCCACAGCCUGGGCUCUCUACAUCCGUUACUGUUCCUGCUACUUCUGCUUCUAUUCCUGUUCCUGCUGCUGCUCCAGCCCUCUCUCCAAUGCAGUUUGCCAUGGCCCCUGGAUCUGCUCUUGCAAAAAAUGACCCAAGGAGCAGUGGCGCUGAUCGAAGAAAGAGAAAAAAAGAUGCAUGAUUUGGAUUUUCAUCUAUGAGACACUUUAAGAUGGAUGGAAUAACUUAGUCAAGGUUAAUGUGCCUUACCAUCUCUGCUUUGAACCUGUUACUCAUUAGCAGCGUCCUUCAUGAUCACCACAAAGUCAUCCGAACUAAACCCAUGAUGAUGUUAAUCGCUCAUGCUUCCUGAGAAUGGGUAUCAGAAUUUUGACAUAUACAAGCAUGAAGUAAAAGUACAUAUACAUUGUCUGUUUUCUCACUAAAUUUACGGGAAGAUAUUGAUACUUACAAUUGUUUCAUCUUUUAAAUUCAUGAAAGGAUAUAAUUUUAGAGGAGGGCGAUGCGUAGCUCUCUAAAAUUCUGGAUAUUUCCGAUAUCACCCCUGUACAUUCAUACCUGAGUAGACCAUGGUAAUGAUUAAUUUUAUCUUUGAUUUGGAUUACUUACAUCUUUAUAUUUUAGACGUCUUACCACGUGUUAUAUAACAAGUACUUGAAUUUAUUUCUGGUAUGCGUGACGGUUUGUAUCUUAUCUGAUUGG